AGGAUAUAAAAUCCUCAGAGUUAGAGUGCAAGCUCCAAGAAAUGGAGAAAAAAAAUAAAGACUUGCAAGAAAAGUUUGAUGAAGUCCUGACUAGAAACAAGCAGCUGCUUAUACAUCAGGAACAACAGCACGCAAAAGGCUCAAAGCUGGAAUCAAAGCUGCAAGACAUGGAGGAAAAAAAUGGCUUGCAAGAAAAGUUUGAUGAAGUCCUGGCUAGAAACAAGCAGCUGUUUAUACAUCAGGAACGACAGCACGCAAAAUGCUCAGAGCUGGAAUCACAGCUGCAAGACAUGGAGGAAAAAAAUCAGACCUUGCAUGAAAUGCUUGAUCAAGCAUCAGAAAAUAAAGCUGUGAUUCUGAAAGAGAAGAAAGAUUUGAAAAUCAAACACACAGACAUGAAAUCAAAGCUGGAAUACAGUGAAAAGAGGUACAGGGAGCUGCAGGCCACAGUAGAACACCUGAAGAAACAAAUUAAAAGCCUACAAGGAUUGCUUGCUAAAGCCCAGCAAGGUAAUACAUCUGUGGUCAAAGAAAAGGAGGCUAAAUACAGAGAGAUUCUCCUAAAGAUGGAAGCAAAGAUGCAGUGCAAGCUUCAUGAAGUCGAGGACAAAAAUGUCCAAGUGCUUAAGGAGAAAGAACAACUGGCCAGAUCUCAGGGAAAGCUCCAAGAUGUUCUCCAAGACUCUAAAAAGAGAAACAGAGAACUCGAGGAGAAAAACAAAAACCUGGAGCACUGCAAGGAUCAGUUGGAGAAAAUGUGUGCAGAGAUGCAGGGCAGGAUGGACGCUAUGAUGAGUAAAAAUGCACAACUGGAAGAGCUGUGUAAGAACGCCCAUCACAAAAUAACGGAACUGCACGACGAGAAGCAGCAACAAGACUUGCAGUGCAGGCUUCAACAAGUGCAGAGUCGAAGUCAGGUACUAGAAGACAUGCAUGGCCACUUACUGCAGUGCAAUAAAGACAUGCAGGAAGCUCAGGAAAUCCUGCAAAUGAAAUAUACACAACUGGAACAAAGGCAUGCAGAAAAGAAUGGAAAAAUUGAAGAUCUCGAGCUAAAGUGCAAGGAACUCAAAGAGCAGAAUGCAGAAGCUCUCAGUGAUCUGCACACCAUCACACUGCAGUACGAAGAGCUGCAGGAGCGCUACCUCAGGAAAAAGAAUCGCUUCAAGCGCCUUUUCUGCUUCUUCGGCUGAAACACAGCUCGCCUCGUCUGCCACCAUCUUUGAUCGAUCUCCUGGACCGUGACCUCGCCUCGUCCAUCCUCCAGCCAUCCUCUCUAUCCCUUUCUUCUCUCUCCCUCCUUAUUCUUUUCCUUGCACCCCCCCAACCAGCCUCGGCAGAUAGCUGCCCCUCCCUGAGCCUGGUUCUGCCGGAGGUUUCUUCCUGCUUAAAGGGAGU